UGCCGGGAGUGGUGAUUCCCGACCAAGAUGGCGGCCGUGGGGCGAGUCGGCUCCUUCGGCUCCCCGCCGCCGGGAUCAGCCUCGAGCUACGCGGGCGGCCCCCUGGCCAACGAGCUGGCGGCGGGCAACGGCGGCGCGGCCGCGGACGACGAGGACGGGCAGAACCUCUGGUCCUGCAUCCUCAGCGAGGUGUCCACUCGGUCCCGCUCCAAGCUCCCCGCGGGGAAGAGCGUGCUGCUGCUGGGUGAAGAUGGAGCUGGAAAAACAAGCUUAAUAAGAAAAAUUCAGGGAAUAGAGGAGUACAAGAAAGGAAGAGGACUGGAAUAUUUGUACUUAAACGUGCACGAUGAAGACAGGGACGAUCAAACAAGAUGUAAUGUAUGGAUCUUAGACGGGGCUCUGUAUCUCAAAGGCCUCCUUCAGUUUUCGCUGGAAGCCAUUUCUCUGAAGGACACGCUAGUGAUGCUGGUUGUUGAUAUGUCAAAGCCUUGGACUGCUUUGGAUUCUUUACAGAAAUGGGCAAGUGUUGUUAGAGAGCAUAUUGACAAACUGAAAAUUCCUCCUGAAGAAAUGAAAGAAAUGGAACAAAAGCUCAUUAGAGACUUCCAGGAAUAUGUAGAGCCAGGAGAAGAUUUCCCACCUUCCCCCCAGAGAAGGAACACUGCGUCGCAGGAAGACAAGGACGACAGCGUGGUCUUACCUCUGGGCGCGGAUACGCUUACACAUAACUUGGGCAUCCCAGUACUGGUGGUUUGCACAAAGUGUGAUGCCAUUAGCAUAUUGGAGAAAGAGCAUGACUACAGAGACGAGCAUUUUGAUUUUAUUCAGUCACAUAUCCGGAAGUUUUGUUUACAGUAUGGUGCAGCCCUUAUUUACACUUCAGUAAAAGAAAACAAAAAUAUAGAUUUAGUGUAUAAAUACAUCGUUCAGAAGCUAUAUGGAUUUCCCUAUAAGAUUCCUGCUGUUGUUGUGGAAAAAGAUGCAGUAUUUAUUCCAGCAGGGUGGGAUAAUGACAAGAAAAUAGGAAUAUUACAUGAAAAUUUUCAAACAUUAAAACCAGAAGAUAAUUUUGAAGACAUCAUAACUAAACCACCUGUCCGAAAGUUUGUGCAUGAGAAGGAGAUUGUAGCAGAAGAUGACCAGGUGUUUCUCAUGAAGCUGCAGACCCUUUUAUCAAAACAGCCACCAACUGCAGCUGGAAGGCCUGUGGAUGCCUCGCCAAGAGUCCCAGGAGGCUCCCCUCGAACACCAAACAGAUCCGUGUCGUCCAACGUUGCUAGCGUGUCACCCAUUCCUGCUGGGUCAAAAAAAAUUGAUCCAAACAUGAAAGCUGGAGCCACGAGUGAAGGUGUCCUGGCAAAUUUCUUCAACAGCUUGCUGAGUAAGAAGAGCGGCUCCCCAGGAGGCCCUGGUGGUGGGAGUCCUGGAGGCGGGGCUGCAGGUGGAAGCAGUGGGCUGCCAUCGUCCUCCAAAAAGUCAGGCCAGAAGCCUGUCCUAUCAGAUGUUCACGCAGAACUAGACAGAAUUGCACGAAAACCGGUUACAGUUUCUCCUCCAACAGCUACACCCCCUACGGAAGGAGAAGCUUCUUGAAGAUACCAAAUAAAGCCAUUUAUUCAACUUUUUGGGAAGACAUAAACUUGCCUCUGCCUUUUCCUUCAAAAGUGGACGUAGGGAGCUUUUCCGGAUGGACUCAAUUCUUGUCUGGUUUUGUUUGUUUGUCUUGUGGUUGCUCAUUUUUUAUAAAAUGGAGCCAUACAGAAAAAAAUUAUCCUACGUGAUGUAGGAUUGCCAUUUGCAUUGCCAUUUUGCAUACGGAAGUAAUUUUGGAAUUUUGAAAAACUCAAAAUUUAUAGUACUGAAAUGCAGCCGUGUGACCAUAUUCUAAAGGCUAUUUAAAAGCUAUAGGAAGGUUUAGGGAAGGGCAGAAAAUAAUAUGCAGUUUGGGCAUUUAACUGACUUGGAAGUCCAAGCUUAUUUAAUUAAGACUAUUAAAAUCAUAAAAAAAAAUAAAUUGUGUUUCACUGGAAAAAAGAAAACGAUCAAUUGUCAGAUUUUUGCACACCAACAUAAAUGAAUGCAAAUAAGAUACACCACGACACACAGCACAUGCUGGGAAAACAGUCAGCGUUUGGCACAUUAGUCAUUGUCUCAGUCCAUGGUCCUGUAAGUUGCCAUCAAAACAUGACUGAGAAAUAUCGGCCAAGAUUUGUUUCACUGAGAAGCAAAGAAAGCACACUGCCUAAAUGUGUAAAAGAAAAAUGCAGAGGUUAUUAAAAUGUAAAGAGUAACAGUCUUUGGAUUUGUCUAUAUAUAUACACGUAUAUGUGUAUAUAUGGCUCUGCCUUAAUAUGCUCUUCUUUUGUUUGUGACUUUGAACUGUAAUCAGUUAAUAAAGUAUUUAUUCUCUGCGUUCAGGUUUCAGGUAGUUUGUUGCAUUCUCUUAUAUUUAAGUUUGUAUUUAUCAGCUAGUGAUUGACAGGAUUUGUUAGUAUUUUGAAGUUUUUGACCUGAAUGGGAUUAUUAAGCAUCCUGCUCUUUCUCUUUCUUCCUAAGAGACGAGUGAGUACGUGAGAGUCACGGUUUGGGAGUUUGCUUUGAUCCACACGUCUGCCCAGGCACGUCUCAGGCUGCAGAAUCUUAGGUCAGCCUUCCCGGUAGGUUACAAGACUGUCGGUCGUUGUUGUUGUUGAAAGGGAAGAAGCAAUGCCGAAAGCUUGGCUGAUGACUGACACGGAGCUCCUCUCUCACAAGCAGAGCACCGUUAUCAGUUACAUCGUUUUCGGUACCUGUUUCAGGACCUUCUUAAGAACGGUUUGAUGGUUUGAAGUUCCACAAGAGAACACAUCUGCAUUUGACCGACUGAGUCAUAUCCAACAACUGGAAAAAACAUUGGUUACCUCCCCUAUGGAUUGGUUUUUGUUAUUUAACUCUAUAUAUUCCAGAAUUUUUUCAGCAGGAGUCCAGUAUCUCUACUAUCUAGCACAGUCCUUUCACUGGAACUUUAAAAUCUGUUUAGUUCCACAGUAGUAAUUGAUUCCUUAUCGUUGACUAUAAAUGCUGAAAAUACACAAGGGUAAUAAUUUGUGGCCAUAUAGAAGCAACGUAGGAUGUUUAUGAGCAUGAAAAAUUAAUUGGUGAACACGUUUUAUUUGACAAUAUAUAUGAGCUAAAAAUGCCACUGAUAAAAUCUUCAGGCCAGAAAAGUUUCUGCAGUUGUGUUGUAGAGACCAGUUAGAGACCAGUUCUUCUAAACUAGUACUUAGUGAAACAACUGGAACUGAUGAAAGAAAUAAAAUUGCAAACUGUGCGUUCUGGCGUACUUUGAAAUCUCUGCUACUGUGUCUGCAUGCACAGACCAACUCAUUUUUCAUGUGUGACGCUGGAGAUGUACUAGAAAAUCCUGGUAAUUACUCUGGUUGUUACCUGAAGUAUUGUGAUUGUUCACGUCACUGUGGGAUUCAGUUUUAACUAAAACUUUGCAUUUACCAUGUUUAAACUUUAAAUCUAUUUUUGUACCGAUUUUUGCAAGGAAAGAAAUUUGUCUCAAUUUUUUUUGGUUUUUAAGUAAACUUUUUAUUGAAGUAUAAAAUGUGAAGUGUACAAGUUACAAGUGUACGGUUUGAAAUAUCACAUAGUGACCAUGUGCAAUCAGCAACUAGAUCAAGAAAGAAAGCACGUCCAGCACUGUGGAAACUUCCAUGGCUUCUCUCAGUACCCCCACCCACAAAGUCACCACUGUCCUGAGUUCUGACUCUGCAGAGCUUGCUUAUUUUCAUGCUCUAUAUAAAUAGAAUCUUAGAAUUCGCUGCAGGUAGUGACAGUUAUUCAUUCUCAUUGUAGCGUAAUUUUCCAUUGUGCAAAUAUUAGUUAUCCUUUAUGCUACUGAUGGUUGUAUGUUCCCUACUGGUGUUGUAACAAAUCGUCACAGAUUUAGUGACUUAAAACUCUAAAUUUAUUAUCUGACCAUUCAGAAGUCCAAAAUCAGUCUCACUGGGCUAAAGCAAGGUGUCUGCAGGCUGGCUUAUCCUGGAGGCUCCAGGGUAGAAGCCAUUUCCUUCUUUUCUAGCCUCCAGAGGCCACCUGCAUUCAUUGGCUUGUGGCCCCUUCAUCUUCACAUCCGGCAGCUUAGCACCUUCACCUCUGUCUGCUUCCAUCACAUUGCCUCUCAGUCUGACCCUUCUACCUCCAUCUUUUAAGGACCCAGGUGAUUACCUUGGGCCAACUCAGGUAGUCCAUCAUACUCUCGCCGCAAGGUCCUUAAUCACAUCUACAAAGUCCCUCGACCAAGGAAAGUAACGGUCACAGCUUCCAGGCGCGAGGAGGUGGAUGUCUAUGGGGCCCAUUGCUCAGCCUACCGCAGGAUGUUUGGAUUGUUUUUGGUGUUUGGUCACUGUGAUGAAUAGUGUGCUGUGGACGCCCUUAAACAUACCUUGUAGAAAAUGGGUUCUUAUAUCUGCCGGAUCCGUAGGGUCCAUAUAUAUUCAGCUUUAGUAGAUAAUGCCGGUUUUUCCAAAGUGGUUGUGAGAAUCCCCAUUCCCGGGAGAAAAUAUUUGCAAAUGAUCUAUCUGAUAAGAGUCUGCUGUUGCUGUGAGGGGCCAUCGAGUCCAUGCCGACUCAUUGCAACCCUGUAAGAGUUUAGCAUCCAGAAAUUAUUUAAAAACACUACUCAAAAAAAACAAAACGGAAUUUGAAAAUGGGCAAAAAAUUUGAACAGACAUUUCUCCAAAGAUAUGUAAAUGGCCAGCAAGCCCAGGAAAAGAUGCUCAGUGUCAUUAGCCAGCAGGGAACUGCAGAUCAAAACCACCGUGAGACAGGACUGCACACAAACUAGGACAACUGUAAUAAAGUACAGAUGGUCACAGGUGUUGCCGAGGAUGUGGAGACGCUGGAACCCUCCCUGCUGGUGGGCAGCUAAAAUGGUGUAGUGCUUUGGAAAACAGUUGGGCAGUUUUUCAAAAAGUUAGAGUUACCAUGUGACUCAGCAGUUUCACUCCUAGGUGUAUGCCCACGAGAAAUGGGGGCGUAUGUCCACCCAAAAAUGUGUGAAUGUUAGUAAUAGCAUUAGUCAUAACUUCAUGAAAGUGAAAACAACCCAAACGUCCAUCAGCAGACGAGUAAGCAGUGUGCUAUAUCCAGGCAAGUGCGUAUUAUUCAACUAUAAAGAGAAAUGAAAUACAGAUACAUGCUACACCACGCGUGAACCUUGAAAACAUGCUAUACAGAAGCAGCCAGUCACAAAAGGCCACACAUUUUAUGAUUCCAUUUAUAUGAAAUGCCCAGAACUGGCAAAUCCAUAGAGAAAGAAAGAUGAGUGGUUGCCAUGGACUAGGGAGGGAGAGACACUGGGAUACAGAGCUGCGUUUUGCGGGGGGGAUGAGAAUGUUGUACAGCGGUGAUGGUUGUACAACCUUGUAAAUAUACAAAAAGCACUGAAUUGUAUACUUUAAAAGGAGAAUGUCAUGGUAUAUGAAUUAUGUAUCAAUUUUUUUUAAAUUCCAUUCCUACUAGCAGUAUAUGAGAAUUCCACUUGCUCUGCGUCCAUGCCUACUCUUGGUAUUGCCUGUCUUUAAUUUUAGACAUUCUGGCAGGUAUAGAAUCGUGGUUUUUAUUGGAUAUCCUUGCUGGCUAAUGAAGUUAAGCAUAUUUUCAUGUUUACUGGCCAUUUGGAUAUUCUCUUUUGUAAAGUUAGGAGCCUAACCUGUUUUUGUUUUUUUUUUUUCUGUUGGACUGUCUGACUUUUUCUCAUUGACUCAUUCUUUGUAUAACAUAUAAAGGAUAUUAGUCCUUGUCAUAUAGGUAUUGCAGAUAUCUUCUCUCAUUCUGUGGUUGGCUCUCUCACUCUCUUAUUGGUGUCUUUUGAUAUAGAAGUUAUUUAUUUUUAAUGUCCAAUUUACCAGCUUUUCUUUAUGGAUUUUUUUUUUUUUUUUACCUGUUUUAAAGAAAUCUUUGCCUUGCCCAAGGCCAUGAAGAUUUUUUUAAAUGAUUUUUUUUCCAGAAGUUCUAUUGUUUUCCCUAUAUUCCACCUGAAAUUUAUUUCUACGCAUGGUGUGAAGUAGGGAACAAGAUUCCCUUUUUCACGGGGACAGUCAGUUGAUCCAGUACCACUUAAAGAAAUCUUCACUGCGUGACUGCCGUGGUUGUAUUUGAAUUGUCAUUUGUGCAUGUAUCUAUUGCUGGGCUUUCUAGUCUCUCCCGUUUGUCCAUUUGUCUAUCCUUGCGCCCAUACUACAGCCUCAGUUUCUGUAUUUAAAAAAAAAAAUCUUUAUCUCGCAGGUAGCGUAAGCACUACAGUGUUCUUCUUCAUUAAGACCGAUUUCCCUGUUCUUGAUCCUUUGUCACUUCUGUGUAAGCUUUAGAACCAACUGGUCAAUUGCCACCAAAAAAAAAAAAAAAAAGCCUGGUAGUUUGAUUAGGAUUGCAUUGUAUCUGUAAAUCAAUCGGAGCCUAACUGUCAUCUUCACAGUAUCUUCUAAACUGCACAGAAUAUCCUCCCCCCAUUUCAGUUCUUCAGUUUCUCGUAGCUUUCAAUGUACAGUCUUGCGCCUCCUUUUGUUUUUGUUUUUUUGACAAAGUAUUUGUCUCUGAUGCUAUUUCAAACAGCAUUUUCUUAAAAUUUCACUGUAUGUGUUGCUAGUACAUAGAAAUACAUCUCUUUCAUACCGAUCUCAUCUGACCCUACCGUUGGGUCGCUAUAAGUCAGAAGCAACUCGACGGCAAUGGGUUUGGUUUUAUUUUUUUUGUUAACUACUAAAUCCAUUUAUUAAUGUUUUAGUUCAUCUGUAGUUUAUUUUGAAUUUUUCUGAGUACAAUGAGAUCAUCGGCAAAGAGUGAGCUUUAUUUCACCUGUACUGCACGUGGUGAGAGAGUGCGUUUUUAUCUUGUUCCUCAUCUUAGAGUGAAAGUCUCUGUAUGUCACUGAGUGUGAUGUUUGCUCCAUGCUUUUUGUAGGUACUCCAUCAAAGAAAGAAAAUCUCUUCCUUCCUAGUUUAUAUCAUGAAGGAUGUUAAAUUUUAUCAAAUGCUUUUUUUUCUUCAUCUAUUGAGAUUUUUUUCCUUCCUUUUCUGUUAAUUUUAUCAGUUACCAAAACCAAACCAACUUUGUAUUCCUGAAAUAAGCCUAAUUUGGUGUGUUUUAUUAUAUUGCUGGAUUUUGCUUGCUAACAUUCUGUUAGAAUUUUGCAUUGUGCUUAUGAGAAGGAUUGGUCUGUAAUUUUUAUUUCUCAUAAUGUUUUUGUCACUGUUUGCUAUCAAGAUGGUACUGACCUCAUAAAACAAGUUUGGAAGCAUUCCCUCUUAAUUCUUUGUAAGGAGUUUGUGUAAGAUUAGUGUGAUGCUUGUUAAUUUUGUUUCUUUAAAACAAUCAGGUAUCAAUUUACCAGGCCCUUUGUGAACUGAACAAUGGUCCCAAUGUUAAUACUCAUUACUGUUUGCUUAUGUGGGGGCUUUCAUUUAGCGGGAAAUGACUUGCUUUUUAAAAAGCUGACAAAAUGCCAGAAUAAGAGAGUUCCUCACCUAACACCUUACAUCCUCAUCACAUAGCUGUCCCCCAGGCUGAGAUAAGAUUACGGACAUUGAUGCCAGGGAAUUCUUGCUGACCGUGUAAGACUUGUCCCCGGAACACGAUCAUUGGAGGGGAUUCAGAGGGAAUUCGAUUUACAAGUAUCCCCUUGUUCUGUACAAACGACUGCCUCUUGGCCUAUGUACAGGUUUUGCAUGAGCACAGUUAAGUGUACUGUAUAUAAGCUGGUCAAAAUUGUGAUGAGUUCAUAUGAAUGAGCUCAUAUGAAUACCUAAUUUGGAAACAGCCUAGAGUAAAAUUCUUAACUUUAGAGGUUUUAUUUUUGUUUUCCUUCAUAUUUAGAUAGCCUUUGACACCUCAUUUAUUGUAGUUGAAACCAACAGAGAGCAAAAUUUGCUUAUAUGAGAAAUUAUUUCAACGAGUUGGACAGUAAUUUUUCUAACCCUUGGGUCAAAUAAGAACAAUGUUUUUUUUUUAAAGUAUACUUGUCCGUUGCCCAGUGAAUUCUUGGCCACCUCUACUAGGAGGUGCCAUGAAUAGCGGGCAGUUUGUCCUCUGAAACAUGUUUUUAGGUGCCGUCAAGUUGGUUCCAACUCAUAGCAACCCUAUGUACGACAGAACGAAACACUGCCUGGUCCUGUGCCAUCCUCACAAUCGUUGCUAUGUUUGAGCCCAUUGUUGCAGCCACUGUGUUAAUCCAUCUCAUUGGGGGUCUUCCUCUUUUUUGCUGACCCUCUAUUAAGGUAGAUUUAUUAAAGUAUGAAGUCCUUCUCCAGGGACUAGUCCCUCCUGAUAACAUGUCCAAAGUACAUGAGAUGAAGCCUGGCCAUCCUCACUUCUAAGGAACAGCCUGGCAGAACUUCUUCCAAGACAGAUUUGUUCCUCCUUCUGGCAGUGCAUGAUAUAUUCAGUAUUCUUUGCCAACACCAUAAUUCAAAGGCAUCAGUUCUUAAAUCUUCCUUAUUCAUUGUCCAGCUUUCCCAUGCACAUGAUGGAGUGGAAAAUACCAUGGCUUGGUUCAGGCACAUCUUAGUCCUCAAGGUGACAUCUUUGGUUUUUAACGCGUUCAAGAGGUCUUUUGCAGCACGUUUGCCCGAUGCAAUACAUCAUUUGAUUUCUCGACUGCUGCUUCCAACUGCAUUGAUUCUGGAUCCAAGUACAAUGAAAUCCUUUACAACUUCAGUCUUUUCUCCGUUUAUCAUGAUGUUGCUUAUUGGUCCAGUUGUGAGGAUUUUUGUUUUCUCUGUGUUGAGGUGUAAUCCGUACUGAAGGCUGUAGUCUUUGAUCUUCAUCGGUAAGUGCUUCAAGUUCUCUUCACUUUCAGCAAGCAAGGUUGUGUCAUCUGCAUAUCGCAGGUUGUUAAUAGUCUUCCUCCAGUCCUGAUGCUGUGUUCUUCAUAUGGUCCAGUUUCUCAGAUUAUUUGCUCAGAUUAUAUAAGUAUGGUGAAAGGAUACAAUCCUGACACACACCUUUCCUGAUUUUAAACCACGAAGUAUCCCCUUGUUCUGUACGAAUGACUGCCUCUUGGUCUAUGUACAGGUUUUGCAUGAGCACAAUUAAGUGUACUGUAUAUAAGCUGAUCAAAAUUGUAAUGUGACGAGUUCAUCUCUUUGGAGGGGCGCUCCCUGUCCUUGAACAAUUUUCUUUGCGCAAUAAAACCUUUUAACUAACUCAUGGAUCAGAUUUUUUCUUUUGACAACUGUUCUAAUCUGAUAAAUAAAUUAGUCAUUUGAUUCUAGUCCUGCCCCACGUUGGCUUACAAUUUGGAACAAGGCUUUGAUUCAGAAAUUUUGGUUGCUGCCCUAUAGAAUGUAACUUUCCCAAGCAUUUUCUGUCUGAAGUGUUAUUUGUCCAUGAUGUUUCUAACUUGGCCAUAAUUAAUUGAGUUAUAUCAUCUCUUAUUCUUUGUUUUGUGUUCAUUACCAUGGUCCCUCUAACAUAAAUUCCAUUCAGAUGGGAAAUACGAUUUAGAGUAUAGGUGAUGAUUACGUCUUUUACUGCUCACCCAAAGUCUAGUAUAAAACACAGCAGACGCUCAAUAUUUGGACAAAUUGCUGGCCACUCACGGUUGUUAUGGGUUGAAUUGUGUCCUCCCAAGAUAUGUGUUAGGAUCUUACCUGUGGAUACAGUCCCAUUUGGGAAUAGGAUUUUCUUUGUUAUGUUCUUCAGGGCGUAUCACCGUAGGGUGUGUCUUAAUCACUUUUGAGGUACGGUGGAAUCUUUGAGAACUGGAACUCAAUGGGACAAGGUAGUUUUUCUGGGUCUUGCAAAUUUUCUGCCUUUGGCAGGGUGCAGUCUUAGCACUUUUUUACCGCUUCUUUUUGUGGAAAUAUUUGACCUUUCCUUCUCUGACUGGUUUCCACCUUACACAGUUUCCAGCUUUCCCAGGUUUGCUGUAUAGAAAGAGCAGAUUGGCCACAGAAGUAAGUAAGCAAGUACAAACGGGGAAAGGUUGACCCUAGUGGAGAUCAGCAAGGAACCAAGGAAGAGAAGCUGAAAGAAACAAGGAUUUUCCCCCAGGGUGGACUGAGAGAGCCUCCUAGAGCUUGCGCCCUGAAUUCGGACUUCUAGCCUCCUAAAUUGUGAGAAAAUAAGUUUCUGUUUGUUAAAGCCACCCACUUGUGGCAUUUGUUUUAUGGCAGCACUAGAUAACUAAGAAAAAAAAAAAAAAAGACGGAGGUUAAAUAAGAUAGAGUCACUAUCCAGUCCUCUUUGCAAGAUAUCUGAGCCUCUUAGCCACCACCUUCUCCCUUAAGUGGAAACUCUGGUAGUGUAGUGGCUAAGAGCUAUGGCUGCUAACCAAAAGAUCAGCAGUUUGAAUCCACCAGGUGCUCCUUGGAAACUCUGUGGGGCAGUUCAACUCUAUCAUAUCGGAUCGACUUGGCGGCAAUGGGUUUGUUUUUUUUGUGUUUGUUUGUUUUCUCCCUUAAGUGGGCUUUGUAAAACCAUCAGAAUCUUAAUGUGCAAGCUUUGCACCACUAAGAUGCUGAGGAGGACAAUGGAAAGAGCCAGAAGAGCUGACCUACUUCAUUCAUUGCUCUCUAACCUUGAUUUCAUCAUCUGUGAAGUGGUGAGGACCAUCUGCAUGCUGGUAGAUGUUAUGAGUGAGGAUUAAGUGGAGUGCUUUCCAAACUAUAAAGUGGAAUGCAAACGUAAGCUUUUACAAGGGAAUUUUAAUUUACGUACAUUUCCUAAAUACUAGUCCCAUGGGUAAAUUAUUCAAGCAAGCACUUUUAGCUAUCUACUCAAAAUGUUCUAGUAUUGUAAAGCCUUACUGCCUUGUGUGCUUGUUUCUACUAGGAAAAAAAAAAAUCCUAAGUAUAGUAGUACUAGACCAACUGCCUAGCUUAUGUGAGAAUAAAAUUGGUUCCAUGCCUCAUGUCAAUCACAAGAAUAAACUCCAAAUGUAUCAGACUUAAAUGUAAAAUAUGAAACUAUACAGGUACUUGAGGAAAAAAUGUACUUGAGGGGGGGAAGGCUUUCUAACUUUAAUUCAAUCCGCAUGCAAUAAAAGAAGAUUUUAAAAUUUGACUACAUUUAAAAAAGAAUUAUAGCACAUUUCCCCCCUUUUGAUCAGGAUUCAUCUAUUGAUUUCUUGGUCAGAAUGUUCAGUAAUGGUAGCCGGGCACCAUCUAGUUCUUCUGGUCUCAUGGCAAAGGUGGCAGUAAUUUAUGGAUGCAAGUAGACUUCCAGUUUAGUCCCUUCUCGGCUUUCUGAAUCUCCUUCUUCCUCUGCUACUAGACAACAACUAAUAAAUAGAGAACAGAUGUUGGAUGUUGGAUGGCGACUUGCAAGCUUUUAAGACCCCAGGAACGACUCACCAAACUAGGGAGUGAAACAGUAAUUUCUAAAAACAAUAUUAGGCCAAUUGACUGGACAGUCCCAUGAAGCCAUGACUCUGAACCCUCAAACCAUCAAAACCAAUCCCGUGAGGCGUUGGGAUGUGUUUAAGUAGGAUCAGCAACUUUAACCAUCUUUUUUUUUGGGGGGGAGGGGAGGUGGUUGUUACUGUUGUGAAAUUGUAUAUAACACCAUAUUUGCCAUUUCAUCCUUUUUCUGGUGUAGAACUUAGUGAUGUCGAUUACGUUCAAGUUGUGCGGUCAUUACUCUUAACUGAGGCCAAUUUUCCCAUCGCCAUAAACUUAAACCCACUAUCUCCCAGAGAAUAAUUUCCUGUGUCCCUCCCACUUCCACCCCAAAACCAAAAACCAAACUCACUGCCGUCAAAUCAAUUCCAACUCAUGGCGACCCUAUAGGACAAAGUAGAACUGCCCCGUAGGGUUUCCAACCCUGUAAAUCUUUAUGGAAGCAGACUGUCACAUCUUUCUCCUGCAGAGUGGCUGGUGUGUUCAAACUUCCGAUCUUUUGGUUAGCAGCUGAGUGCUUUAACAGCUGUGCCACACGGCUCAUUACUUCUGCUCCAGGUAACCAUUAAUAGCCAUUGUCUCUAUAUAUUUACUUAUUCUUGUCUUUUCAUAUAAGUGAAGUCGUACAGAAUUUCAAAUUCUUACAGAAUCCGGACUUAUUAAACCCCUUGAGACUGGAGGAACCCCCGAGACUAUCUGAGAAAAUCUUCAAACCAUAAAGAAACGAUCCGCUGAAGUCAUCUUUAAGCUAAACAACUGUUAAGUUGAAUUAGUAAAGAAUUUGACAUGAGGAUUGGGUUCUUGUAAGGAAUUAUCUGCGAUCUAAUUGUCAGCAGUAAGUCUAAAGCAUAGAUGAGAAGUUUAGGGUUUAGUGAGUCUAAGCCAGUGGUGGUGAAACCAUGUGGGUAGAGAUGGCAAGAACGUGUCACAAGGUGACCACACCCAGUGUUACUGCAUGGUACAUGGAGAAGCUGAUGAAUGGGAGUGUGUUUUGCUCUGUAUAUUUUCUCCAAAAUUAAAAAAAAAAAAAAAAAAUUAUGGCAAAAGGCACCAUCAGCAAAGACAAAAAACUGAGUGAAAGUAUUUGUAAUAUGGAACAGAUAAAGGGCUGUUGUUCCUAAUAGAUAAGAAAGAAAAAAGGGGAGAGGAAGACCACAAACUCCAUAACAAAAAAAAAAAAGAAAGAAAAAAAGGGAGGAGGAAGACCACAAACUCCAUAGGAUAUAGAUAAAUGGGUCAAAGACAUAGACAAGUCAAAAAUAAAACAGAAUAUGGCCCUUGAGCAUAUGAAAAUAUAUUUAACUUUACUCAUUAGAGAAAGGUAAAUUAAAACUAUGCUGAAAUAUUUCUUCCUAUGAAAAUGAAAAAACACAAGUUUGGCAACACUGUUGUGAGGCAUGGGAAUGCAAAGAGGCUCAACCUCCAGCGCCCUCUAGUGGGGGAGUUUGCCACUACCCCCCAGAAACCCUGGUGGCGCAGCGGUUAAGAGCUACAGCUGCUAAUCAAAAAGUCGGCAGUUUGAAUCCACCAGGCGCUGUCUGGAAAUUCUAUGGGACAGUUCUACUCUGUCCUAUAGAGUCGCUAUGAGUCGGACUUGACGGCAGUGAUUUUUUUUUCCUUAAAUAAUUAAACUAUGUAGAUGCAUAAGUGAACUCAGGAAACACAAGCCUAGGAAUUAACCCUAAAGAUACAGAUCUGACGAUACAAAAAUAACAUACAGUUAUUCACUGUUACGUUACCUGUCAUUGUGAAAGAUUGGGAGCAACCUAAAUGCCUGUAUACAGGAAGCUGGCAGAGCAAGCUGUGGUAUAGCCACACAAUGGAGCAUUAAGUUUAAAAAAAAAAAAAAAAUGAAGAAGAAGCUGAUUUCUACGAAUUGAUAUAGAGUAACUUCCGGAUAUAUAUGCAAAUGAAAAAAAGCUUUUGGAGUGUAUAUAACGUACUGCCUUUUCUGCAAGAAAAAAGGAAACAGAAAUAGAUACGUGUCUGUACUGUCUGCUUUCACUAAAAAAAUGCAGGACAUAUAAUCAGAAACUUCCAGAAUCUGUGACCUACGGAGAAUGGGCGGAAGGACAGUGACUGAGGGACACUUUUCUAGGUAUACUUUUUUGUGUGUUUUUAUUUCUAGAACUUUUGUUAACAUCUCAAGUUUUCGAAAAGAAUUUAAUCAAGAAAAGGAAAAAAAAAAACCUAAGAUGGAUUUCUGUAACUUUUAAUGACAUUUAUUAUGGGGCAGGAGCCCUGGUGGCGCGGUGGUUAAGAGCUCGGCUGCUAACGAAAAGGUCGGCAGUUCCAGUUCACCAGCCUCUCCUUGGAAACCCUAUGGGGCAGUUCUGCUCUGUCCUGUAGGGUCACUAUGAGCCAAAUUGACUCGAUGGCUAGGUGUUUGGUUUCGGUAUUGAUUAUGGGGCAAGGCUUUGUGUUAAGGGCUGCCUAGUGAUGCCGGGGACCAGACCCCACUCUCUCCCUUCCGCAGAUUCUCACAAGUUUCCACCUUUCUUCAUCAGGUCUCUCACCCAAGUAAUCAGACUGUGCUGGACUAGAAUACCCAGCUGAAGGAAGGAGCAAAGGGGCUGAGAUCCAUAGUUUUUUCACCUAAUAAAAAACCCAUUCGUAACAACAGAGCAGAACUGCCCUGGAGUGUUCCCAAGGAACGAUCGGUGGAUUACAACUGCCAACCUUUUGGUUAGUAGCCAAGCUCUUAGCCACUACACCUACCAAGGAUCCUUUACCCCUAACACCACUUAGAGAUUGCCUCCGGGCGCUGGCGAGCAGAGUCGGAAACCUUAGAGCAAAGGGCGUUGGGAACAUUCCUUUGCCAUUGCAGCCCUCUGCUGGUAUAAAUGAAACGUGGCCUUGAUGGCGUUACCUGCUUAUCUAGUCCAGCUGUGUUGGGAGAGGAGCUUUGAUAAACUAUUGUCCCUGGAAGGUCUCUGAUCCAAACAUUUCUUUGCUUAUUUGGCACCUUUGUCCACUCUGCGGUACUGGAAAUGUUCAGACUGCCCACCUCCUGCUCUCUGUUGACUCCUUUAUUUCUCUGACUUCUCUUUGCCUUCUCUCCCACUCCCUCUAACGUUUUAGCCUAAAUCCUCUUUUUAAAAUAAGCUCAUUCCUUAUCAUUUUUGUAUGAGUAUCUUCCAAGUGCUUGAUCUUCUCCCAUGCUUCAGACCCAUACGUGAAACUAUUUACUGAGAACCCCACGUGAUACCCUCUGGGUGGCCCCAAACUGAGUUCUUCAUCUUCCCUUUGUCAAGGAAAAUUAUCCACAACUUGGAAAUAAAGUGAAUGGACUAUUGAGUGCCCUUUCAGUAUCACACUGGAACAGGGUUCUCAGAGUGUGGCCCCUGGACCAGCAGCCGCAGCAGCAUCACCUGGGAACUUGUUCGAAAUUCCAAGCCUUGGAUUCCACACUAGACCCAUUGAAUCACAAAUUCCGGGGGUGGGCUUCAGAAAUCUGUGUUUUAACAAGCCCCCUAGGUGAGUCUGAGGGUCACUUACGUUUGAGAACAACUGGACUAGAGCAGGGGUCAGCAAACCAGUGCCUGUGAGCUGAAUUCAGCCCACUGCCUGUUUUAUAAAGUUUUGUUGGCAUACAGUGAUACCAAUUUGUUUAUAUAUUGUCUAUGGCUGCUCUUAUCCUGCAAAGGCAGAGCUGUCUAGUAUUGAUAGAGAUCGUAUGGCCCUCACAGCCUAAAAUAUUUACUCUCUGGGGCUUUACAGAAAAAUGUUGCCGAUCCCUGGUCUAGAAGGAGUCUAACAAACCCUCCUAAGGGUCUGAUAGUCUAGAGAAAAAUAAUUUUGUGCGAGUUACUGUUUACUAUCGAGUUGGACCCAAACUGUGCAAAGUUAGGUGUUAAUUAUAGAAAAUUGGUAUGUUGCAAAUGAUUUUUGUCUGAGAGAAAUGAAAAUGAUUUCUCUCUGUUAAAAAAGUUAAUCACCAAAGUAGUAAUUUUUAUUGCCUCGUAGAACAUUAACCCGAUUUGGACCUAACUUAGCAGUCUUAUUCUAGUAUUCUUUUAUUGUCUCUGUAUCUACCGUGGACUCUCAUAUCCGCCUCUGAACCAGCUUUACAUCUUCUGAUACUUUAUGUAUAAGUUAAAUCUUUGAAGCGUGUUCACUACCAUGUUUUUAUGCAAAUAACAGGCACCUUCUACAUUGGUUUGCCAGCCACGCCUGCCCCUCUGUGAGGUAUUUUCGUAAACACAGCUAUGUCAUUUUUUUCCCCACAUGUUGCUGUAAAAAAAUCAGCAUGUGUGAUUAUGAAAAUACCCCACAGGGUGGGCGUGCGAUCAGCAAACAAACAUAACAGAAGGCGUGUGCUAUUUAUGUAAAGAUACUCAAUUUUUUUGAGUCAUAACUUUUUUUAUCUUCUACUUGAGAAUAAUAACUUCUUGAAAUGUGCGCUUUGACACUGUCAAGAGUUACUUCCUCUUAUGUGCUGUGUCUCCCAGAUCAUUCCACAUCAAACCGGUUGCCACUGCGCCAGUUCUGAUUCAUGGCAGGCGACCCCGCGUGUUACAGAGUGGAGCUGCUGUCCACAGGGUUUUCGUUGCUGCAGCCUUUUGGAAGCAGGUCACCAGGACUUUUCUCUGGAUGAGUUCAAAUUGCCCAUGUUUCAGUUAGUAGCCCAGCGCUUAGCUAUUUGCACUGUAAGGGACUUCCGUCGCUGUCAUCACCCUCUCCCAAUCUCCUAGUUACAGUGGGUUGAAACCAAUCCUUGCCACACUCCUCAAUCAAGUCGGUCUCCUGAUUUUACUGGUUUUACCUUGCUCAGGCUCUCUUGGAUCCAUCCUGUUUCUCUUGUUUCCAUGACUACUGUCUUAGUUUAAGUACUUAUUCCCUCUUUCCUGAACUUUUACAGCAGCCCCUACCCGGCUCUUUGUAACCAAUCCUGUCUACACAAGGCUGCCGGAACAAUAUUCCCAAGAAAGAGCUUUGGUCAUUUCACUCCCCUGUUCCAAAACCUUUGGUGAUUCCCCAUUACCCACCAAUGUAAAGGCCCAGUUCCUUAGCAUGAGUUUAGAGGCCCUCCAAAAUUUGACCCCAAACUUCUCUUUCUUGACUCCUCUUUGUCUUUCCUCUCCUUUCACAGCGCUCUCUCGGCCUUCCUUCCUCUUGUCCCUCCGCGUUGUUCCUACUUGUCCAAACCCUAACUAUCCUUUAACAUCCAGCUGGAAGCUCCACCUAACAGAUCCUUCUAUUGGGAAGUCAUUUCUCUCUCUUCUGGAUUCCCAACACAUUUCAAUUGUUUCUCCUUUAUAACACAUGGAGCCCAGGUGGCGCAGUGGUUAAGAGCUCAGCUUCUAACCAAAAGGUCGGCAGAUUGAAUUCAACAGCUGCUCCUUGGAAACCCUAUGGGGCAGUUCUACCCUGUCCUACAGGGUUGUUGUGGGUCAGAAUCGACUCCACAGCAAUGGGUUUGGGGUUUUUUUAAUAACACUUAGAGCCCUGGGGAAACCCUGGUGGUGUAGUGUGGUUAAGUGCUAUGCCUGCUAACCAAAAGGUCGGCAGUUUGAAUCCACGAGGCGCUCCUUGGAAACUCUAUGGGGCAGUUCUACUCUGACCUAUAGGGUUGCUAUGAGUCAGAAUCGCCGGCAGUGGGUUUUUUAUGGAGCUCUGGUGGCCCAAUGGUUAACAGCUUCUGCUAGCCAAAAAAGGUCAGCAGUUCAGGUCCACCAGCCACUGGAAGCCCAAUGGGGCAGUUCUACUCUGUCCUAUAAGGUCACCAUGAGUUGGAAUCUACUCAGUGUCAAUGGGUUUUGGUUUUAUAACACAUAUCACUUUUCUCUUUUGUCCUGUGGUCUUUUAUGGGCAUUCCUGUGACCUCAUUUUAGGGCACUAUCUGUGAUCCAUCUUUGUACCCACAGUGCCGCCUAACUACGCGAAUACAGACAAGAGAGCAGGUGAAAACUUUAGAGUAAGAGCUGCUGAAAAAGUAGCACGAAGUUAUUUUUUUGAAUGUCUAAAAUCCCAUCAAAUCCUGUUUUCCCAAGUAGUGUGUAUAUUCUUGUGGAUGUUUUUUAUUCCCUCAUAAGAUUGUUAAAUAUUACAGGAGAAAAAUGAAUACUCUUCAAAACCUAAAUUAAAUUAAAUACACCUUCCCCUCUGCUACCUGGUGUACCUUUUCAGCAUAAGUGAGACUUCUCAUUUCAGUGCCACGAUCCUUGCAUUUGACCAUUCAGGGUUGUUCGUUCAUUAACAAAGGUGACAGUUUCCGUGUGGACGCUCCCAGCAAAAGGGCUCCCCAUUGUAAGGGCUUACUCAUGAAGCCCUAAAAUCUUUGUUUCACCUUUAAUUAAUUGGGAAAACAUAAGGGAUCCACACUUCUUUAACUGAGAGGGAUAAAUCAAAACCAAACCCAUUGUCGUUGAAUCGGUUUUAACUCAUGGCGACCCCAUGUGUUAUAGAGUAGAACUGCUCCGUAGAGGUUUCUUGGCUGCCAUCUUUACAGACGCAGGUCCCCAGGCCUUUCUUUCGCAGUGCUGCUGGGUAGAUUCAAACCACCAAUCUUUAUGUUAGUAAUCAAACACAAAACAUUUGCGCCACUCAGGGAGGGAUAUUAUUCUCUCAAUCCUGGGUACUCCCAAAUCAAUUUGUGCAAAGGAAGUUAUGACAUAUCUACGCCCUAACGGCUUUCACUUUCAUUACAUGAUAAAGCAGUAUUUCCCUGUGUGGAUGGAUUUCUUCUCAGACUCUCCUAGAGAGCUCCAUAGGAAGGUAUGUGCCCCGACCCCACCCAAGUUCUCUGGCUCUCUGAGAAUCUUUAUUUUUAAUUAACCUCCUAGAAGAUUCUUAUGCAUCCUGAAGUUUGUGAACCACAGGCUGAAGGGUGACAUAGAGACUAUAUUCUUUUCUUCUCAAUUCAGAAAGAAGCAGACACCCCCAGAACAUUGACUGGAGUGCACCUCAAACAAAUCAAGAGGGUUGAGUCUACCCAUCUCAUCUUCUGUCUCAGAGUGCCUCUCUCUCCCUUUUUUUUUUAACCUUCCCCCCAACACUUUAUUUUGAAGACUUUUAAAUAAACAGAAAAGUUCAAAGAAUUAUACAAUGAACACCCAUAUAUUCCACCUGGAUUUUACCAUUAAUAAUUUGCUGUACUUGGUUUUCUUUUUUUUGAGCCCUGGUGGCACAGUGGUUAAAAGCUCGGCUGCUAGCCAAAAGGUCAGCAGUUUGAAUCCAGCAGCCACUCCUUGGAAGGCCUAUGGGGCAGUUUCACUCUGUCCUGUAGGGUUACUAUGAGCAGGAAUUCACUCCAUGGCAACGGGUUUGGUUUUUUUGUUUUUCUAUUUGUUUCAUUACAAGUCAGUCUUUUUAUCCAUCUGUCUAUUAUUCAUCAAGUCAUCUUAUUUUUGGUUGAAUUCAAAGUAGAUUGCAGACAUCAGUAGCGGCCAAUUUAGGACGGUGGGGACUUGAAAAAUAACAGAGAUGAACAAUAAUUCUUGAAGCUUUGGUGAAAAUACUGUGGCCUCGUUUUAUUGGACAGGGUUUGCUGUUGCCUGGCCUUGGGAGGACAUUUAGAAUACAUUUAAUCAAAGACAACAGGCUACUUUCGGCUGGCUGUAGACAGCCCCCCGCACACUGUCUCAGAGUAGUAUCUGUUUGUCUCUAGUCAGCUCAAUGGGAGCUUUUGUUUUGUCACUGGAGGAAGCAAGGCAGGUUUGGGAACAGAGAAAAGCAGAUAACUGUGGAAGCAGAGGGCAGCAGUAACUUCUCCCAUUUUUCAAGGUUUUGAGACACCAGUGGAGAGAUGGGUUAGAGACCGAGGUUUGCUUGGUUAGUCGUUACUAGUGACAGGGGCCGAUUAACCAGUAAGCAAGGUACACCUGGGCUUACAGUAAGCAAGGUGGGCAUGGGACAGGUAAAACUGUGUACUACAGAUCAGUAAGUAAGCACAAGUUAGCCUGUGCCUACCUUGCUUAUUGGGUAAUCCUUCCAAGCAGCAAGGUGGCAAGUCGGAGUGCCUAAGCCUCCAUUCCAGCUACCCCACUUACUGGAUGUUGUUUGGAUCUUGAAUGUGAUACUCAGUCUCUUGGCCUCAGUUUUCUCAACUUUAUAUUGUUGUGGAGAAAAUAUUAUGUGUGCCUGGCACACAGACCUCAAUUGAUGUCAGUUGUUAAAACAUAAUUACUUGCCUUGAUGAGUUUACUUAAAGUUCACACAAAGUUAAAUUAUGUGACUGCAGCAGUUGGUGAAGAAGGAAAAGACAAGUAAACCACGUGUUAUGGAUCAAAUCGUGUCCCCCCAAAUAUGUAUCAACUUGGCUAGGCCAUGAUUCCCGGGAUUGUGUGGUUGUCCUCCAUUUUGUGAUCUGGCGUGAUUAUCCUAUGUGCUGUAAAUCCUAACCUCUGUGAUGGUAAUGAGGCAGGAUUAGAGGGAGUUAUGUUAAUGAGGCAGGACACAAUCUACAGGAUUAGGUUGUAUCUUGAGUCAGGGUAUUUUGAGAUAUACAAGAGAGAAGCAGCAGAGAAGAUGGGGACCUCCUAUAAUGAAGAAAGAAGAGCCAGGAGCAAAGCGCGUCCUUUGGUCCUGGGGUCCUUGCACUGAGAAAUUCCUAGACUCAAAGGAACAUUGACGACAAGGACCUUCCCCCAGAACCGAUAGAGAGAGAAACCCUUCCCCUGGAUCUGGCACCCUGAAUUCGGACUCCUAGCCUCCUAAACUGUAGGAGAAUAAAUUUCUGUUUGUUAAAGCCACCCACUUGUGGUAUUUCUGUCAUAGCAGCACUAGAUAACCAAGACUUUGUAAAUGAUUUUGACAAGCAAACGUAAAAGGAAUUCCCAGAUGUAGAAGGAGCAGUCCUGAAAGUUCUUCCAGACAACCAAUUGCAUUUCAAAUGAAAUCCAGUUUCUUGCCUUGGUUUGCAAGACUCCUGCCUUAUGUGGCCUCUGCGUACACCCCCAACUUCAUCUCCUCUCCCUUUCUUAGCUCCAGCCAUUCCAGCCUCUGGGCUCCAGAACGAUUGGCUCGUUUGGUCUGCACCAGAGGGCAUUUGCACUUGCCAUUUCCUUUGCACCAAAGCUCUUCUCCAGGUCUUCACACAUCUCGCUCUUCUCGUCCUUCAGGUCUCACUCAACUCAGAUAUCAUGGUCCGGAGACACCUGUCCUGACCACCCUGUUCAGCACUCAACUGUCCAUCACACGCCAGCAUUGUUUUCAUGUCACUUAUCAUUAUCUGAGAUUGUUAUUUACUUGCUUAUUGCCUGUCUCUGCUAGAAGAAUGUUAGCUCCCUGAGGGCAGGGACCCUGUGUUGGUUGAUAAAUGGCCCUAACAGCAGCCCCUUGCAUACUGUAGGCACUCAAGAAUUAUGGAUUUAAGGAAUGAAUGAAUGAAUGUCUGCAAGGUGGAAGGUUGAGAGAGGUAAGAAAUAAAUCGAUGUUUAAAAGUUCAUGGCGAUGAAAGGGACUGGUCAGCGGGGGGGAGAGAUGCUGAUGAAGAGCGAGCUAAUUAAAUCAGGUGGGUACUUGAGAGUGUGUUGGCAACUCUUGUCUGGAGGGGGGAUGGGAGGAUAGAGAGAGAGGGAAGCUGGCAAAAUUGUCACGAAAGGAGAGACUGAAAGGGCUGACUCAAUAGGGGGAGAGCAGGUGGGAGUAGGGAGUAAGAUGUAUGUAAACUUAUAUGUGACAGACUGAUUGGAUUUGUAAACGUUCACUUGAAGCUUAAUAAAAGUUAAUUAAAAAAAAAAAAAAAAAAGUUCAUGGCGAGAACCCAAA